ACCAGAGAGCGCCGCGCGUGCGCACUUCGCACUAUCGCUUCCCCUCAGCCGCCUCCGCUCCUCUCCGCCGUCUUCUGACCGUCCCCAGAUCUUCUCUCCCGCCUCCUCCGGCCCCUUUGCCAGCGUUCACCGGUCGGGAGCCCUCCGGUAACGCGGCGACGGCGGCGGGGACCGGGCAGAGGACUGAGAGCUUGGGGGGCCGUACCAUCAGCCAUGGGCCGCUCCUCAAAGGACAAACGGGACAUUUAUUACCGCCUGGCCAAGGAGGGCGGCUGGCGGGCGCGCAGCGCCUUCAAACUGCUGCAGCUCCAGCAGCGCUUCGACCUCUUCUGUGGUGUGCGCCGUGCAGUGGAUCUCUGCGCUGCCCCCGGCAGCUGGAGCCAAGUGCUGAGCAGGGAGCUCAGGGGGACCCCCGAGGACCCGGUGCAGGUGGUGGCGGUGGACCUGCAGGCCAUGGCGCCGCUGCCGGGGGUGGUGCAGAUCCAGGGCGACAUCACCAAGGUGUCCACAGCCCAAGAGAUCCAACGCCACUUUUCGGGGCGCCCGGCCGACCUGGUGGUGUGUGAUGGGGCCCCCGAUGUGACGGGGCUGCACGAUCUGGAUGAGUACAUCCAGGCUCAGCUGCUGCUGGCGGCUCUCAACAUCACCACCCACGUCCUGAAGAAGGGGGGCACCUUUGUGGCCAAGAUUUUCCGUGGGAAGGAUUCCCCCCUGCUUUACUCCCAGCUGCGCCUCUUCUUCACCGACGUCACCUGCGCCAAACCCCGCAGCAGCCGCAACUCCAGCAUCGAAGCGUUCGUGGUUUGUCGUAACUACAGCCCCCCCCAGGGCUACGUGCCCACCAUGGACAACCCGCUGCUGGAUCCCGAUGGGGUUCUGGCGCUGUCGGAGCUGUCGGGGCCAUCGCGUCUCAUUGUCCCCUUCGUGGCAUGCGGGGAUCUGAGCGCAUACGACCCCGACCGCACGUAUCCGCUGCAGCUGUCCCCGGAGCAGCCGUACCGCUACGUACCCCCCCCAACCCCCCCCAUCGCACCCCCCUACGCUGCUGCGCUGCGCCGGCAGCGCGGGGGGGGGCCCUCGUGCAAGGGGGUGGGCGUGCAAGGAGCCUCAUGUGAGCAGCUGGGCGUGCAAGGAGCCUCAUGUGAGCAGCUGGGCGUGCAAGGAGCCUCGUGCGAGCAGCUGGGCAUGCAAGGAGCCUCGUGUGAGCAGCUGGGCAUGCAAGGAGCCUUGUGUGACAAGGUGGGCUUGCAAGGAGCCUUGUGCAAAGACACAGAUGUGCAAGAUGAGGAAGGAGAAGCCUUGCACGAGACGGGUGUGCAAGCAGCCACGUGUGAGAUAAGUGUGCAAGGCGCUAUGUGCAAGGAGAUAGGCGUGCGAGGAGCCUCGCGUGAGCAACCGGGUGUGCAAGGUGCCUCGUGCAAGGGGAUGGGCGUGCAAAGAGAUGGAGAAAGAGGAGCGUCGUGCAAGGAGAUGCGUGUGCAAGAACCCCUGCGUGAACAACUGGGUGUGCAAGGACAUGAGAGAGGAAAGGGAGCCCCGUGCAAGGAGAUGGGCGUGCAAGGAGCCAUGUGCAAGAUGGACGUGCAAGGAGCCUUGUGCGAGGCGGAGGAAGGAGCUGUGUGCAAAGAGGGGGGUUCCCAGUGCAAGGAGACGAGCGUGCAAAGCCCCUCGUGCAAAGAGAUGAGUGUGCAAGCAGCCUCGUGCGACGGAGCCGGUGUGCAAGGAGCUCUCCAUGAGCAGGAAGAACACUUGUGCAAGGAGCUGCAGCGCCAGGGCAUCACACAGUAACACCCCCCCCCCCCGUGCAAGGCCACGAGUGUGCAAGGCAGUCGUGCAAGGACCCUUGUGACAAUAGGUGUGCAAAACAGCAACAGAAAUGUGCGUGCAAAACGAGUGUGCAAAGCCCUCGUGCCGAACCA